AUGGACCACUUGAGUCCUCUUGGGCCUUACGGGAAAAACCAUAGUGUUGCUUUUGAAGAAUCUUUAAUCCCCACAUUUCAAGAAAAACUGAGUACUGUAGAGAUGCUUUCUUUUGGUAGCAAACCACCCGACUCGGUAGAAGAUGGGAAAGAGGUUGAUCAGGCAUCAGGAAGCCCAAGCUUUUAUAGUAAGAGCCUUAUUAGGGCUCCUCUUGGCAUCUCCUUGAAGACCAAAGGAAUGAGAAAAGUGCUAUGGAGUGGAUCAAUGACUGCAAUUUUUACAGGGACUUAUCAGAACGAGGGUGAGCUACCUAAUACUAGUUCUUUAAGGAAGAGAUUGGAGCAGAAAUGGGAGACGGAGGGUGUGAAAAUCUCGAUGGAUUGUGCCAACUUAUUGAACAAUGGUUUUGAUGUAUAUCUCAAGAGAUUGAUAAAUCCUUGUUUGGAUCUUGCUGGUUCAAGGAAACAGAGAGGGACUUUUGGUGAUGCAAAGAUGGACACAUCCUAA